AUGUUGACUUUGCCAGAUGACCAGAUGCAAAAGCUGCCUUUUCUACAAAACAAUCAAUCACAAGACCUUCCUUCAAUGAUUAAAGGUGCAAAGGUCAUAAAAAAAUUAUUACCGCAGAAUCUAGAAGUUGCUUAUAAACCUUAUUACGGUGACAUAUCACAAGACCAAAAUACAUUAAACAUUCUCAGAAAAUCUAACUUUUGUCCGAAAAUAACUAAUAAUUUUGAACCGAAAUUAACAAAUUUUCAAUGUGCAAGAACAAUUGAAAGUCCAAGUUUGGCACUUAAACCUGUGUUGGAUAUGCUUUUUUGGAUGGCACCUAAAAAAAAUGCAGGAAUAUAA